AUGUACGGUGGGUUCCACAAACCUAGGCCGCACUUCUCCAUCGCGCAUCGCGUCUCUCACAGUCCAAAGAACUUUGGCACACCAACCCUCUCAUCAUACGCAAUCACCGUCGGCGCGCUCAACUAUUUCAAAGACAUCAUGUCGCUCUUCGGUGCUCCAGCGUCAAAACCAACCCUGAGCUUGGGGAUCAGCACUGCUGCGCCAGCUCCCCUAAGCCUGGGCCAGAGUACAACUGCUCAACCACCAACAAACACCUCCACAACCGGCGCAUCCUCUCAACCGCAGAUAGAUCUUGCUCAUCUGCGCUCCACCACAAAAUUCGACCAGCUUACACCCGAUCUACAAAAAGAAAUCGAGGCGGUUGACACUCUCAUCCUCAAUCAGAUCAAACUCGCCUCCGAGGUAGCAGACCUUCUUCCAACCGUGGUUGCCGCUGGAGAGACGCUACCCAAUGGCGUGGAAUUUGUGAGCCAAAAGCUAGACGAGGUGGAAGCUGGCCUAGGCAACGAUGCGGAAGCAAUUGUGGCGGCAAGGGACGGAGGUAUCAAAAAGAACGAACUGGAAGCAAAAUGCGUUUUCAGAGCCAUUGAUCGAUUGAAAAUGCCCAGGCAGUACCAACAGGUUGCUCACGCACAGAAUGAAAACUUGAACGGCAGCGGCAUCUACGGUGGAACAGGCUUAAGCGGAUGGUGGAACAAUCCUCAGACGUUGAGGGGGAGCGUCCGGGCCGGGCAUGCUCAGGGAGAUAGAAUCCAACUCCCUGGUGAAGACGCAGAGGAAAUACAAGGCCCGAAGAGCCUGAUUGAACUGUUCAAUACGAGGACCGACGAGAUGCAAGACAUGAUUCAAGGCAAUCGACAACUCCUGAGCGAGAUUGAGGAUUUCGUCCAAGGCUUGGAAGGCAAAGUCAUUGGCAAGGAGAGAGAGUUGAACGACCGACUCAACUACGGCGAUCGAAACGGCGGGGCCGUCAGCGACAAAGAUCACCAGAUGCAAUUGCUGCGCUACGUAUUUGGUGAGGUGCAGAGGAGUCUUUUCGACGUGGCUGAUAAGGUCGGAGCUGCGAGGGACGAAGUUGCACAGCUGACAAUCGGGAGAUGACCGAAAGCCUUUUUGGGAACACAACACUUAUCUGGAGAUGAAGCUCGAUGAGAAGGAAAGGGUUCUAGGACUAUGAUCCCAGACACGGCCUAAGAGAAUCAGAUAUACCCCACCACGAUUCCACACCACAGGCUGUUGCACAUCCAUUCUAGCCUCACCGGCGCUGAAGACCCUUGUUCGGCGCAAGGUCGCUUGUCAGCAGCUGCUUGAGCUUCACUCGCCGAACAGUGACUUCACUACGAGCCGGAGUCCUGUCUCAUCGGCACCACAACGGUCCGCAGAUCAGCCGCGCCUCUUCCGGUGUGACUGCUGCAUGUUUCAGAUGUGGUCAUGAGCCUGGCCAGAGCCGGCAUCGGCUUCCUUCCUUGGAUAGGAAGUUACACAUUGCUUGUGGAUGAAACGAAGAGACACGCGAAGGGCAGGAACUGGACAGCGAUUGGCAUGAUGCAUGAUAUGGAUGGACGCAAGGCUGAAGCUCGGCGUCCGGAAGACAUGAUACCCAAACCCACCACGGGUUGACACUGCUUCGUAGAAGAUUCAAGGGAGGAUCGUUUGGAUAUCUAGUUCCCCAUUCCGGAGGAUUUAGUCUCCGUUGUACUAUUCCACUGGGUUCGGAUCGACCUACGCAUAUGUACAGUACUUGACCAGCUCACCGAAGUCAAUGCACCACCUUACGGGCCUACCAGGGGGGCACAUGUCUAGUUGCCUAAAGCCCAUCUAGUAUGUCGUCUAGCCAGGGGCAAUUACCAUCCUCCCUUGAUAGUCGCGGCGUCAUGAUCCGCUCCAUUCAUGCUUCACGUAUCCAGCGGUGGAUAUGGA